AUGAGGUGCAAGGCGCUGCCUGGUUGCCCGGUUGCCCGGUUGCAGACGCAGUCGCGUAGCUUAGCAACUGGCAGGCAACAUGAAAUUUGCCAGGUGAACUUUAUCAAUGCUGUGCGAGCAAACUUCGGACAGAGCUUAGUGCGGCUGUUAUCACUUAUUCCCACGAGCCGCGACAACAAAAUGCAUCGGCAGGAACGUGCUUGCGGAGAGCAAACGGUGUCCAGCCAUAAGUACCCUGACCCUUCAGGAAUAUUUAGCAGAAUCCAGGAUAGCACAAAGCGUCUCUCUCAACGUCCAAGGUCACCAAAUCGUCAUAAACCUCAGCCACAUUAUGCAAGAUGUAUCAGAACGAAUUCAAGAUUUAUAAAUGAGCCUUUUGCAUAUAUGGAAACUAAAGCUACAAUGUCAGAUCAGUUUCAGUGGAUGGUGCAUGAAACACCCAGUCUGAUGCAGCACAUCCCAAGUUACAGCUUGGAAAGCACCCAGAGACAUGAUUUCCAGAACUUUGUCUCCAAACCAAAUCCACAAACAAGACAUGGAUGUAAUCCAAACAAAUAUCCUUGUUCAGGCAUAGUUCCACAGGUGGAUUCCAGUGCGUUAGUGUCUCCACGAAGGGUUUAUCGAGAAUUCAUAUCUUUCAUUCACCAAUAUGAUGCAAGAAAGUAUCCAAAUGAACCCAUCAGAGGAAAGCGUCAUGGAGCCUUUGUGUGCACAGAGAUAAACUCACAGAGUGGAAAGAUAGCUCCCAGAGGAACAGAAACAUUCCUGGUUACCAGAGGGUCACACUCAUUGGAACAUUUAAAAGAGAAAGGAAAUUUGAGGAAAAACACAUUGGCCUCUGCCAGGCCCAGCUCGACAAAUUCUCAACAGAUGCUGUGUUCGGGAACAUGCUUAUCAAAACCAGACCCAGAGGAAGCAGCAAAGGGUUAUCCCAGAAUUCCUGCUGAAGGACAAAGUAGCUUAUGGUCACAGAAAGGUAAAACAAGAAGUGGAGUCAGGGAUUAGCACCAGGUUGCAGCAGAUCACUCUGUACCAAAACAACAGAAGAGUGACCAUGCUGGUACAAAGUUACCUCAAUCAACUCCUCCAGCACCAACUUUGUUGUUGCAAACUAAUUCUUCACUUGUUCCCUUCAACAACAAUAACACUGAAGACAAACUGACAUCAAUCAGCAUUUAACAAAAUAAAUACACAGCCUUCCUCAAUUACAGAUUUUUAGUACAGUAGUCUGAUCAUUAAAAAGACAUUAUAUCAAAGGAGAAACUUUCUGUACUGCAUGUAAUCUUGUUAUUCCAGUUUAACUUUUUGUCUUGCUGCAAAAUACAAGCUGUUGUACAGCAACAUGCACCUGCAUUUGCAGUAAUUCUAUAAUAAUUGUAAAUUCAACUCUUCUAAUGGUCCUGUUCUGUUGGUGCUAGAUAAAGCAAUCACAGCAUGCACUUUCCCUUGAGAUAAAAAUCAAAUUUUAAUAUGACAAGACAUUUCCAGCCCUCUCAACACUGCACAGUCUGUAUGAAUAAUAUGUGACCGCUUGUGCCAAUGAUAUUUUAUUUGAACAUAUGCCCAUUUAACAGUACUCGAGGGUAUUUCACAAUAGAUGCUGCAAGGGAGAACCCAGCACCAGAUUCCCACGAGCAAAUAGAAAUGAUGAAUCAAUGCUGGUCUUGUAGUGAUAUUCACAUCUUUUGAAUGAGUGGAUUUUAAAAUGUCAAAUAUAAAGUGGCAUCUUUAGAUUAAUUUAUUAAAAUAUGUCAGUUUUGUUAACAAGAACAGCAUUUAUUGUUUGUCACUAUUUGGAGCACACUUCCAGACUUUCUAGAGGAGAGAAAGAAGCAAGCUUAAAUGUGAUGCCUUUGUAGAAGA